CCCGAUCACUUCGAGGACCUUUCAUUUUUCUCUCGAAUAUCAAUAAAAUGUCGCAACAUAACCAUCAACCACAAUACGUACAUUACACCGGUCCUCCUGGCACCCAUAUCCAGCCCCAGAGUAUAGCACCACAGGAGACCACCACCCAUCAGCAUGCGCCGCCGCUCGUCGCAACAGGCGAUUGGACCAAGAGUCUGGUCGAACUAGCCAAGACAGCUGAACUCAAGAAGCAUGCGCUCACGUUACAGUUGCAUACGGCACACAUACUGUCAGCGCACGCGUCGCUGGAGCAGAAGAGCAAGGCCGUCCAGGACAUCAGAGAACAAAAGAACAAGUUGGAAAGUGAGCGCCAGCGGCUGCUUAAUUGCUUGAGACAGGUGAACGAGGAUCGGGAUCAGGCCGAUUUACUCGAAUCUACAAUCGAUAAAGAAUGCACCGACAUCCGUCAAAGAAUCCAGCAGAUCACCGAAGGCGAAUACGCAGUCGCGAAGCGGGAUGUCGACAGGCUUAGGCAGGAACUAGGCCAGCCUCCGCUUCCCAGCUUGCAGACCAUGUUGGACGAGAAGUCUUCGCAAUUUCUAACCGAACGUCGAUUGAAUGGCAACGCCGAGUCGAAACGCGGUCCGGGAGACGACGGUGGCCAGCUUGGUAAGAAACCCCGUGGCCGACCGAAAGGGAGCAAGAACCGCGCCAAGAUCCCUUCCGCACCACCGCCAGAUAUCUAGUUUCGUAUAAUAUCAUACCCCGUCUUGUCAUACCAUCUCUCAUUUAUGGACAUACUCAUUCAUGCCUCACUAUAUCUCACCACUCCGAUGGGACUGUCUUACUAUGUCGGCGUCUAUUCUAUCUUACUUUCGAUCCUAUAUCCACUGUUGUCCCGCUUGUCGUGUAACCUAGAUCCGUAGGGUACACCGUUCCCAUGAAUAAUGUAAUGUGUUGCAAUGCCUUUUCUUAGUUCACAAUUGGCGGCGGGCACCUGAUUAUAUGUAGCUCUUAGCGACGGUCUAAACUCAGAAAAGCAAUCCAAAUACCUGGGGUGAUAAGGAAACAAU